AUGGGGAAGCUCAUUCGCCUCGAGCUGUACAACUUCAAGUCCUAUAAGGGCCACCAUACUCUCCUGUUCGGCGAUGCCUACUUCACAUCUAUUAUCGGACCUAACGGGUCUGGAAAGUCCAACUCUAUGGAUGCGAUCUCUUUCGUCUUAGGUAUCAAGUCCUCCCAUCUACGAUCGACAAAUCUUCGCGAUCUUGUUUACCGCGGCCGUGUACUGCGCACAUCCAGAGUCGAUGCGGAUGGAAAUGCCAUCGAUGGAGAAACCAAUGGGGAUGCGCAGGACGGCGACGACAUCGAGCCAUCGCAGGACCCGAGCGGAUCCAACGACCCACGGACGGCCUGGGUUAUGGCCGUCUACGAGGAUGAUGCGGGCGAGGAGCAGCAAUGGCGACGGUCGAUCACCAGCGGAGGUGUGAGCGAAUAUCGAAUCAACAACCGCACGGUGACGGCGCAACAGUACAACGAGGCCCUCGAAGCCGAGAACAUCCUCAUCAAGGCGCGCAACUUCCUUGUCUUCCAGGGUGAUGUGGAAGCGAUCGCAUCGCAGUCCCCGAAGGACCUUACACGCCUGAUCGAGCAGAUUUCCGGCAGUCUCGAAUACAAGGCCGAAUACGAGCGCCUAAAGGCCGAGGCGGAGGAGGCUGCGGAACAACAGACUGUGCAGCUCAACCGCCGCCGAGGUAUCAAUUCUGAAAUUAAGCAGUACCAGGAGCAGAAGCGCGAGGCCGAGAACUAUGCCCGCAAGGCAGAGGAGCGCGACCAAGCCAUCAUCACCCAUAUCCUGUGGAAGCUCUUCCACUUCCAGCGCACGAUCGAUGAGUCCAGCGCCGAGAUCCUCAAGUACCAGGACGAGCUCAAGGAGUUCCGCCGCAACGUUGAGAAAUUCGAGCACAAUGUUGAGGAGGCUAAGAAAGAACACGCCAAGGUUGGUCGGGACGUGGCCAAGGCCGAGAAGAACAUCACGAAGAAAGAAAAGGAUAUCGAGGAGUCUACCAACGCACUCGUCCCUGUCGACGAAAAAGUCGACAUCACCAUGAAGAAGGUGGAACGGUUUGCAUCUCGGAUUGCUGAGAUCGGUAAAGAACGUGAGGCUCAGUCGUCUAACGCCAAACAAUUGGAAAAGGACCUCAAGGUUGUCGAAAAAGCUCAGGCUCAGUGGGAAGCGGAAUGGCAGAAGACGAUUAGCAAAAAGGGUGGCCAGUUGAGUGAGGCCGACCAGCAAGAAUACAACAAGCUUAAGGAAGAGGUCAACAAGCGGUCCUCGGCCGAACAGCUGAACCUCGACAACCUACGCCGCCAGCGAAAGACCGAAGCCGAGGCCUGCAACAGUCUCAAAUCCAAGUUCGAGGGCACGGAAUGGCAGCUCAAGUCUCUAGAGACUGACACCCAGUCUAUGGCUGAACGCAAAACAUCUCUCAAUGAUACGGUCAAAACAACAUCUAAGGAUAUUGACCGUAAAAAGAAGGAGCUCAACACUCUGACUUCCGAGCGAUUGCGUGUCUCUCAGAUGAGGACGGAACUCGAGGAGAAGCUCCAGGCGGUCUUGAAGAAGCUCCUCGAGGCUGACGACGGCAAGAAGCAGAGCGAGAGGGAGCUCCGAGCGAAGGAGUUGAUUUCGACCUUAAGACGUAUCUUUCCGGGUGUGAAAGGCCGAGUCAGUGACCUCUGCAAACCGAAGCAGAAAAAGUACGCCGAAGCUGUUAGCACCGUGCUUGGCCGACACUUCGAUGCAAUCGUCGUUGACAAUGAGAAGACAGCCAAAGAGUGCAUUCAGCACCUGCGUGACCAGAGAGCCGGACAGGCUACUUUCAUUCCUUUGGAAACCAUUCAAGUGAAAGCUUUCAAUUCCAACUUGAAGGGAAUGCACCGGGGAAUGCGCCCGGCUAUCGAAACAGUGGACUAUGAUGACUCGGUUGCGAGAGCCAUCAGCUACUCCUGCGGCAACGCCAUUGUUUGCGACGAUCUGGCCACGGCUAAGUAUCUCUGCUACGACAAACACGUGGACGCGAAGGCGGUCACUCUCGAUGGAACGGUGAUUCAUAAGGGCGGGUUGAUGACCGGUGGUAAAGGUCCCCAGCAAAACUCGAAACGGUGGGAGGACUCCGAGGUGGAGAAUCUCUACAAGCUCAAGGACAAGCUGUUGGCCGAUCUUACCAAUCUUCCCAAGGGUCACCGCCGCGGAACUGAGGAGGAAACCCUUCAGGGUGAGCUCGUCGGCCUUGAGCAACGCCUGGCCUAUGCUCGAGAUGAGCUCAAGGCUCUGGAAAGAAACCUCGAGAGCAAACACACGGAGUUGGACUUCGUUAAGCGUCAGCUGGAAGAACUGAGGCCGAAGUACUUCGAGCGGCAAGAAGCUUUGGAAGAACUCGACCAGACCAUCACUGAAUCCCAGGAAUCGGUUAGCAAUGUUGAGGACGAGAUUUACCGCAAAUUCUGCAAGCGUCUUGGUUAUAGCAACAUCCGCGAAUACGAAGUCCAGCAGGGCUCUCUACAUGAAGAGGCUGCUCAAAAGAAGCUGGAAUUCACGACACAGAAGAGCCGAAUCGAGAAUCAGUUGAGCUUCGAGAAACAGCGACUUCAGGCAACUGGUGAUCGUAUUGCCAGUCUCGAAGCCCAACACCAGCGCGAUCAAGACUUGAUCGAGGAGCUCCGAGCAGAGCAGGAAGAAAUCGGAAACCGUUUGGACGAAUACAAUGCUGAACUUGACAUUCUCCGGGAGCGACUUGAAGAUCAGAAGGAGGCCUAUGGGCACUCCGCCGAGAAUCUAGCCCAACACCGCAGGGAUCUUCAAAAGCGCAGCAGAGAAGUGGAAGGGACGUUGAAGAAUGUUAACGCCCUGGAAACAGACGUACAACGCAAUUCAUCCAGCCGAUAUGCUCUUCUCCGGCGCUGCAAGCUUGAAGACAUUGAUAUCCCGUUGACAGAGGAUUCCAACUCUCUGGAACAGCUGCCCAUUGAUGAUCUUAUUCAAGCAGCCGAUCCCGAUGCGAUGGACGUUGAUGAGGAUGGCGCCGGAGCAGGCGACACGUUUACUGUGCAAGACUACGGUAUUGAGGUCGACUUUGACUCGUUGGGAGAGACUCUUAAGGAGGAGAACGAUGACAAGCUGGAAGAAGAAUUGUUGGAUAAAGUACGAAACCUCAGCAGUGAACUCGACAAAAUGGCGCCCAACACGAGAGCCAUUGAGCGUCUGGAGACUGUCGAGAACAAACUCCGUGGCACCGAAAAGGACUUUGACGACGCCCGCAAACAUGCUCGGAAGGCCAAGGAAGACUUCGAGGACGUCAUGCGCCAGCGAUCCGACCUUUUCAACAAGGCCUUCACUCAUAUCUCUGAUCAAAUCGCCCCUAUUUACCGCGAGUUGACGAAGAGUGCCAACUAUCCGUUGGGUGGGCAAGCCUACCUGGAUAUCGAGGAUUCGGAUGAGCCCUACCUGGACGGUAUUAAGUACCAUGCGAUGCCCCCACUUAAGCGUUUCCGUGACAUGGAACAUCUCUCCGGUGGUGAGAAGACCAUGGCUGCUUUGGCUUUGUUGUUCGCAAUCCACUCAUAUCAGCCAUCGCCGUUCUUCGUUCUGGACGAGGUCGAUGCAGCUUUGGACAAUACCAACGUGGCGCGAAUUGCAAACUACAUCCAUGACCACGCCGCCCCUGGCAUGCAAUUCAUUGUGAUCAGUUUGAAAACUGGCCUGUUCCAGAACAGUGAGGCCCUGGUGGGUAUCUACCGGGACCAGACUGAAAACAGCAGUAAAUCAUUGACGCUUGAUCUGCGAAAAUAUAACUAA